UGUACACUUAUACCUAUAUGUAUAUGAAAUAUAUUUAUACGAUUAAAAAUUUAUUAUAAAAUAUUUUUAUUAAGAAAGAAUUGUUUUCUUAAAUAAAUAAGAUUUACAAAUAUGAGUAAUAUUUAUAUACAAGAACCACCUACUACCGGUAAAGUAAUGAUGAAAACAACUGUUGGUGAUAUUGAUUUGGAAUUAUGGACAAAAGAGGCUCCAAAAGCAUGUAGAAAUUUUAUACAAUUAUGUAUGGAAAACUAUUAUGAUAAUACUAUAUUUCAUAGAAUUAUUAAAGGAUUUAUCGCACAAGGUGGUGAUCCAACAGGUACAGGAGAAGGUGGUGAAAGUAUAUAUGGGCAACCAUUUAAAGAUGAAUUUCAUACAAGAUUACGUUUUUGUCGACGAGGUUUAAUUGCUAUGGCUAAUGCUGGAAAAGAUGAUAAUGGUUCUCAGUUCUUUUUCACUCUUGGUUCUACACCAGAAUUACAAAAUAAACAUACAAUUUUUGGAAAAGUUACUGGAGAAACUAUAUAUAAUAUGCUGAAACUUGAAGAAGCACUUGUAGAUGAGGAUGAUAGACCAUUUUAUCCACCAAAAGUUAUAAAAACAGAUAUAUUGAACAAUCCAUUUUCUGAUAUUGUGCCAAGGAUAAUAACAAAAAAAAAUGAAGAAAUGAAGGAUAAUUCAAAAACUAAAACAUCAGGAGUAAAAAAUUUUAAUCUUUUAUCAUUUGGUGAAGAAGCAGAAGAAGAUGAAGAAGAAUCUGUGAUAUUAAAUAAAAAAUUUAGUAAUAAGGGCAAAUCAGCUCAUGAUCAUCUAACUGAUCCAAAAUUAAGUGCACAACCAGCUAUUGAACCAACUGGACCUCCAAAUAAAAAAAAAAAAGAAGAUCGUAGUAGUGAUUGGGAAAGUGAUGAGGAAAUGAAAACUCAAGAAGAAAUGGAAGUUAUAAAAAAAGAAAAAGAAGCAAUGAAAGAAAGAAUAAAAAGUAAAUUGAGAGAUACAAAAAAAGAAUCUAAAAAAAUAGAAAAUUUUAAAAUAGAUGAUGAUGAAGGUGAUAAGGAUAUAAAGGAUGAUGAAUAUUAUCUUGGAAAGGAUAGAGAUGAAGAACGUAAAAAAAAAGUAGAAGAAAUAAAAAAAGAAAUUCGGGAUUUAAAACGUGAUGUUAAAAAUGAAAAGAAAGCAAAAGAAGAAGAUAAAAAAAUGAAAGAAGUCCAAAAAGAAAAGAAAGAAAAAAAAGUAGAAAUUAUGAAAGAAUAUAUAGAUACUCAAGAAAAAUAUAAAGAAGCAAAGUUAAAAAUACCUAAGAAAGGAAAAAGCCGUGAAGACUUUACAAUGGAAUUAUUAAAUAAAUUUAAAUCUAAACUUCAAAAUGCUAAAGAAAGUGUAAGAGAAACAUCACCAAGUCCAAUAAAAAAAGAAAACAUUAAAGAUGAAGAUUUUGAUCCAACCGAUGAAUCUUGGAUGGUACAUGCAUUACAUUGUGAAGAAAAAAUACCUGUUCUUGCCAAAGAUGCGAGUACAAAAGAUGAUGAUUGGUUCGAAAUUUAUGAUCCUAGAAAUCCACUUAAUAAACGACGAAGAGGAGAAAAAUCAUCCAAGUCAAAAGAUAAUAAAAGUAAACGUAUUAUCUCUCGCAAGUAAUAUGUAUCAUAAAUAGUAUUAUAGAAAGAGAACAUUAUAUGUAAGUAUAGAAGAUAAUUCAAUAUAGAAUAUAAUAUUUUUACAUAAUUUUUUUUUGUGCACAGAAUUAUAUGUGUGUAAAAUAUAUAAAUAUAUUUUUUUUUAACAAAAAUUGAAAAAUAUAUUUAUUGAAAAAAUGUUUUCAAAUAUUAAUUUUUUUUAAUAUUUUUAAUAUUUAAUAUUUUGUAGCAUUGCAUUAAUUAAAAAGAAAGAAUUAUAUAUAUAUUUCUCUCGUAUCGUUUCGUAUGAUAAUGUUUAUCACAUUUUAAGAGAUAAUUUCAAUAUUUUGAUGGUAAAGAUGGAUAACGGUAUACCAUGAUUUUGAGCAAAUAGAUGUAUAGAUCAUAGCUUAUCCCUGGCACAGUAAAACUUGAUAAGGCACUGAUACAAAGCAUGACAUAUUCCUUUACUGAUUCAGUUUAUCUGUUGACGGCGAACGAUACACGUCGUGCAUUUAUAUACAUAUAAUUUUGUGAUCAAAUAAAUGAAAUUAAUUAAUGAAUUAUAUAUUUAUUAAAUGUCAGGGAAAGUAAAGUUAAAUGAUUUUUUUAAAAAUAGAAUAAUUUAAAUAGUUU